CUCCCUCCGCCCCUCUGAGGCUCCCUGUGGGGCGAGGCCGCGCGCGCGGCGGGUCUCCCUGGCCUGCCUAGAGCAGCCUGCGGGGCCGGGAGCGCCCAGACGGGGCUGGAGCGGCCAGCGGGGCGGAUCCCCUAACUCCUGCAAAAUGGAGCUCUGAGCGCGCCUCGAAAGCCCAGACUAAGUACAGUACUCCAGUCCGUGACCUCUGGAGAAUUCUAGAGCUUGAGGAAUCUUUCCACGCCAACUAUAAAAGAAAAAGAUGAUUCCCUCACCUCCGCGUUCUUUCUGUAGGCUUGAGUCAAGAACUUUGAGUCCUCUUGAUAAUACCAGAUUGGAUGCCUAAAGCUUCGAAAAAAAAAAGAGCAGAACUUUCAGGAAAACUGACUGUCGACAACAUGGCAGAUGUGAAGUCAACGUUCCGAGAGGUUCUUCCAAAACAAGGGCAAUUGUCUGUGGAAGAUGUAACCACAAUGGUGCUGUGUAAACCCAAACUUUUACCCUUAAAAUCUAUGACUCUGGAAAAACUGGAGAAAAUGCAGCAAGCAGCACAAGAUACCCUUCACCAACAGGAAAUGGCAGUAAAGAAAAACAGGAAAAAGCCUACUGACUAAUAAACUUAGCGCUUUAGAGCCACCCUACCUUACCUACAGUAUAUUAAUAGCUAAAGUAUAAUCUGUACCUGUAUGCUGAAAACAGUAUUAAUAAAACUGGUAAUACUCAUAUAAAUAAUUUUAAAAUACCAAAGAUAAAACUUGUUAAACACUGCUUUGAGUUAACUUUGAACCAAAUAUUUUGGGAUUUUCAUGGUUUCUAAAUUACAAUUUAAAUUACCAUUCUCCACUCCUAGUACAAGUUUGACAUAGGCACAAAUAACUAAAUCAACUUUUAUGUAGAGCAUUUUUACAUGUUUAUUACAAAUAUGAAUCUGAACAUAGUGUUUAAGCUUUUACAUUACCUAAUUAAAACAUUUUUUAACCAA